AUGCAUCUCCAUCUCUCAACACUCGGGCUCUUGUCCCUGAUCUCACACGCCCUCGCACAAGGCGCCGUAGGGGGAGUAGGGGCCAUCCCCGCCCCGACGCCCGUGGCAUCUCAAUAUCCCACCAUCACAACCGCUCUUUCACUAGUCACGAUCAACGGGGUUACAAGCGCGCAGGAAAUCGUCUACACGAUACCGUUCGCGACAACGGCUCUAGGGACGUGGGAAUUGGGCCCUACGCCACGCGCGGGAAGCAUUGGCUUGGGCGAUAUUGCGGGCAAGAUUGGUGUGGUGAAGUCGAAAAGGGGUGCGGUAGAGACUGCUGUCUCAUAA